CUUCCUGCCCUCCUGCGGUAAGAUGGCGGACUGGGUGGAUUCGCUCUUUGACUCUCGCUCCUUCCCGUGCUGUGGGCUCCAGGAGUUCAGUCUGCUUCCUGGCCACAGCAAGUUGACAGAGAGAGUGAAAAAGCGACUCUACUAUGGUCGAGAUAUGGAUUACAACAUGGAUGCUCUGUCCUGUCCUGUUACCGGGCUUGUUGACUUUACCCUUCAUUCUUAGAGGAGCAGACAUUGCAGUUGAACUGCUUCAGAAAUCAGCACCAAGUCCCAUUCGAAAACUCCAGAAGAAAUAUGCAGCUCACGUGGCGAGGGAGGCCUGUAUCUCGCCUUGUGCAAUGAUGCUUGCUCUCGUCUACAUUGAACGACUACGACACCGAAAUCCAGAGUACUUACAGCAGAUCUCCUCGUCUGACCUUUUUUUAAUAUCCAUGAUGGUUGCCAGUAAAUACUUGUAUGAUGAAGGAGAAGAGGAAGAGGUGUUUAAUGACGAGUGGGGAGCCGCAGGCAAGCUGGAUGUUCAAGUGGUCAACACUCUGGAGAUGAACUUUCUGCGAGCAAUUGAUUGGAACUUGUACGUAAACACCCAGGAAUUCUUUGAGCUUUUGAGUCGAUUGGAGGGAAGAGUUGCUGAGUCGCAAGGACUGAAACGAGGCUGGUUUACAUACACUGACCUGUGUGUAAUACUGGAACAGGCACUAUGGCAACAGGCAUUUUCAGAACUCUACCAGCAUGUUGUUAAGGUUGCUUGCAUGAUGGGACUUGUGUAUCUUACCAGUGUCGCAGGAAUUAUUGCUGGAACUGCAGUCCUGCGCCAGGCAGUCUUUUCAAAGGGUCAGAUAUGUGUGAUUUCCCAGAACCAAGAGCCUGUUUUGAGUCAGGGGGUUAUCCUGGACCCAGUGGAAUGCACCCAGGAGGCCGAGACCUUUCUGUCAACACCAUUUGAAGCAGCAGCCGGUAAUCUGGUCCAGUCUCGAGACCCUCCUUCCGGUCUUCCCUGCUGUAUCUUAGAAGCUGAUGGUAGCAGGGUGAACUCUGGCAUUGGGGUAACCGCACUGUGUCUUUGGGGGACCGUCCUGACUUCACUCACUUACAGUAAUGACGUGAGGGCCACCCGAGAGGGAGCUCGAAUCACGGCGCCCAUUUCUUGUUCGAAUUGUUGUAAGCUGCACAGUGAGGCCGGGCUGGCCGUUAAAUGCCGGUCAUCAAACCAAACAUCUGUCCAGAUUGCCUUUCGUCACAGCCCAUUGGAAGCAUAUGCCUCCAUCCAUUCACACACCCUGCCUCAUGUCGGAUGCAAUGGUUGUACAAAAGACACUGAGUUAAACGGAAAGCCCCCUCACAGCAUUGAGCGACUGAUGGACCUCCUGUGUCUCCCUGGUUCCCUAAGGAUGAGUCAAUGCCCUGUGGAAUCAGCAUUGGCAUUUAACCAGCUUGUGAUGCCAGUCUUACCCAGUUAGGAGCAUCGGUCAGAUUUUUGGAAUCGAUAAUUACGGCUAUAUCGGACUGAACUGUUUUCUCUUCUUUGCCCACACCCGAAUCCGACUUAUGAUCUUUUGAAUGAUCUUUAAAUCCAGCCAUGAAAUUAGCAAGACAGACAUUAAAAUCGCAAUAUAACCUUAGUCAACCACAAAAUCUGUUCUCCAGAAUUGGCAGCUAUACCUAACCUAAACACCAGUGAGUAACACCAUAAAUCCACCAAAUGCUGCCAAGUUUAUGCUUGGUAUGAAGCUGGUCAUUUUGUCUCCAAGACAAAAAUUAUAGACAUGGUGUGUAAUAUGAGCAAUAAAUUUGAUUUAUAAGAAGACACCAUUGGUGUCGAUCCAUGUAUCAAAUCAAGGUGCUUUGCAUACAAUGAAUUACCUUAAAGUGCAGCAGUCCCUCACGUAGGAGAACACAGCAGCAGCUUUGUGCGUAGCAGAUUCCUCCAAAGGAAAAUGCAAAGAAUGUUAUGUUUUGAUGCUCUUGGGUGAGGGAUGUUGACUUGGGCAAGAGAAAAGCAAAGCGGUGGGAUUUUCUUUCACAUCCAGGCUAACAAACUGGAGUGAGCAGACAGUAGCUCUCUUUGACAUUUCAGCUGAAGGACAGUAUCUCUGGCAAAGCAGCACUCCUGCACAUCCGCAGUGUGUGCUGCCAUGUAUUAAAUGGAGCCUGAAUCAGAAUGUUUUCACUGCAAAUGAAGGAAGAUGUGAUGCAAAUGCUGUUGGAUCAUUGUACUUUGUUUACUUUUGUUUCAUGGGCCCUGCUGCGUCUCGGAUUUGGAGAUUGUAAAUCUCUAUAUUUUUUAUUCUGGUGAUUGAAGGGCUUCAUUAAUGAAAAGGUUUAAUGGAAGUGGCUAAGAAAUGGGCAUGGGAUACAAGAAAAAGUCUAUAUUUCUGAAAUCUUAGCCAUAUGUUGAUCUCUGUUGAGAGACGUGAAAAAAGGAGACACCACUUUUAACGUUGGGAACUUAAAUCUGUAUCUUUCCUAAAACAUCUUUUGUGCUAUCCGAGUGUCAGUUGUAUUCACUAUAUAAUACUGUGUAUUGUAUUCACUACUGGGCUGGUUACUGAAUGAUUGAAGGAUAAGGGAAGCAAAAAGAGAAGUUGCUGGAAAAGCUCAGCAGGUCUUGGCAGCAUCUGUGAAGAGAUCAGGGAAGCACUGGAGGUUUAAGUUAAAUUUUGUAAUUAGCACUUGGUUUAAUUCGGUCAUCGCUUAACCAGAACUUAGCUGCACAGAUUACCUUUUGAUUUCUCCCAUCCAGAUUUAAUUGUGCUCUGCUAAGUGUACAAGAUGCCGUCGAAAUGUAAACAGUUCCCUCCUCGUCCCAAAU